CGGAAAUAUAUUUCUACAUUCUCUGUUGGAGACUGAAAAUAGUGCAACUGGCAGAGAACGUCAAAUCUAGGAAUUCUCUGAUAUAAUGGAAAAUAAAAAGAAUCAAAACGAAAUAGGCGCGAAAAAAUGUCGAAUCCUAUAGCAUUCAUUACCGAAAAUUUAUGUUUAUAUUUAUUAGAAAAACCAAGCCUAAUUCCUAGUGUGAAUAUCCCAAAGAAAGCGACCAAUUUCAUACGCACACAUAAAGAAAAAUUAAAAGUACAAGGCGAAUUUAGUUUUCCUUGCCGUUCAGAACUAUGGAAUAACUGCUGUAAAGAAACAGGACACAAGCUGCGCUCAAUUGCAUUUGAUAUGUUUAAAGAUGAAGGGGAAGACGUGUCUAUUAAUGCGCAAGAAAGAUUUCUUAAAACGGCCGCUGCCUGGACAUUUCCAGUGGAACGGAUAAAAAUUGAUAAUGAACGAUGCUUUUUGUACCUGCAGCGACGAGCGGUGAUGACAACGUUACUUCAACAGGUUUUGAAAAAAGACAACACAAAUACCUUUGGGAAGUUGGAAAAAGACCCUAAACAAAGGGUAUAUUUUAGUCGUAUAAACCAAGCCGGAGAAGAAAUCGAAGAACUGUCACUUUAUAGGGUUAAACUGUUAGAGGAUAUCCUCGGUCGGGUUUUUGAAUACUCGAAAUGGACCAUGAUAACAGAGGAAGAAGUAAUGGAAGUAAAACAAGGAAAAGCACAAGGUGUUUUGCAAGUACAAGUAAUCAGUGCUGCUGGUAAGCCCUCAAUAAAUGCAGUUGUUAUUCCUUCAAGCAUGCUGAGCACUGCCACCAUUCGAUGUGGCAUAGUUAUUGACCCAAUUACGGGAAAAAUAACAAAAUUGAAAACCAAAGAGUAUCUAAGUUGUCGUUCUAAUGAUAUGUGCUUAAUGGCAAUGCAUAAGUAUGGCGUGCGAGUAAAAGACGAUACAAGGUUUAGCACAUUGAUGUCUCGUUUAGGUGCAGCAGCGGUUACUGUUGACUUAAUGGAAGUACGUUUUUCAAGUCCUGUUCAAAUAAUUCGUAGCGGCAAAGGAAGUACAAAGGGUGCUGCGUUUAUUUUGUAUAACUCUGCGCGUUUAGAGUCAUUGCUUCGCCGUUUUGAUGAGAAGGUAGAGAAUGGUGAUUACGAAGAUCUGCCGCCCCUAGAUAGUAUUGACUUCACUUUGCUCGAUGAAGAAGAAGAAUGGCAACUAGUGUUUUGUUAUAUAUUUGCCUUCCCGAACCUUAUUGAAAGUUGUCUGGAACAGAUACAAAAAGGAAUAUGCGCUGUUCAUACUAUCGUGAGAUUCCUUGGCGAUUUCGCUGCACUCUUUAGUGUAUACUACAGAAGAAUUCGAAUCUUAACUCAAGAAACGCGACAGCACUUAAUGCCUUACGUGUAUGCACGUAUAUAUCUGGUGAAAGCAGUUCGCGAAAUUCUUAAUAAAGCAUUGGCUCUUCUUGAUAUCGAGCCCGUUCAUUUUAUGUGAUCGAUUUUUUAAA